AUGAGUGAUGAAGCAAGCUUCCAAAUUAAGUCUUUAAAGCCAUUCCACAAAUGUGCAAGGAACUACAAGUUAGGGUCCAUGGUCACUUAUGCUUGGAUAGGGAGUCAUUAUACAAGAGAGUUCUUACUUAGACAAAAGAUGAGUGUUAGAAAGCUAAGAACAACUAUGUCACAGAAGUUUGGCAUUCAUGUUAGUGUUGGUCAAUGCAGGAGAGCUAAGAAAUAUGCACACCAACUAAUAGAUGGCACCCUAGUUGAACAUUAUGCAAAGUUAUGGUCGUAUGCAGAAGAGAUUAGGAGAUCAAAUCCAGGUAGCACUGUAAAGCUUGAUGUAAAUCAUAUGCCAGAUGGGAAGAACUACUUUAGUAAGUUCUAUGUUUGCUUUGAUGCAUUGAAGAAGGGGUGGAAGGAGGGAUGUAGGAAGAUAAUAGGUUUAGAUGGUUGUUUCCUUAAAGGGAUCUGUAAAGGGGAGUUAUUAUGUGAUGUUGGAAGGGAUGCAAACAAUGGGAUUUAUCCUAUUGCAUGGGUAGUAGUAUGUGUGGAGAAUAAGGAAAAUUGGAGGUGGUUUUUGGAUUUACUCAUUGAUGACUUAGGACUUAAUUUGGGCUGUGGAUACAAUGUAAUAUCUGAUCAACACAAGGGUUUGAUUGAGGAUGUGAAAGAACUCCUUCCUUAUGUAGAGCAUAGGCAGUGUGCCAAGCAUAUUAGCCAAAACCUUAGGAAAAGGUAUAGUGGUGCCCAAUAUGAAAACAUUUUCUGGAAGGCACGUAAAGCAACAGCAGAGGUAGAUUUUAAGGUUGCCAUGAAAGAGCUUGAAGUGCUAGACCCAAGUGCUCAUCAGUAUCUGAUGGAAAAUGACCCCAAAACAUGGUCAAGGGCCUACUUCCAACCAGGAAGAUGUUGUGAUGCUGUGGAGAAUGGAAUGUCAGAAGGUUUUAAUGUUGUGAUUGUUGAUGCUAGAGGAGUUGAGGAUGGUCUAAGAAAUUACCAAGUCUUACCUAGUGGACUAAAUCAUUUUGAAGUAAGAGGAACUACAGAUGCUUUUGAAGUGGAUCUUGAAGAAAGAACUUGCUCAUGCAAAAUAUGGCAACUUAAUGGAAUCGGUUGUGUCCAUUCUAUUGCAGCUAUUAGUUUUAUGAAUAGGGAUGUAGAGUCAUAUAUGGACAAAAUGUUUAGUAGUAUCACUUAUAUGAAGGCAUACAAGUUUAGGUUAGCACCUAUGAAUGGAAGUAAUUUGUGGCCUGCAACUGAUUACAUCCCACCUUUACCUCCUCUUCGUAGAGCUAUGCCUGGGAGACCUGCAACUAAAAGGAAAAAGGAUGCAAUAGAAACCCCAAACCAGUCAAGUGGAGCAGUAAAUGAUGGUGCCGAAGCAAUCAAUGAGGUGCAUGUGCAACAAGACUAUGAUGAGGUGGAACUCACUCCUUUGGAGUUUGAUACAUCAGCUAAUGGAGAACCUAGUCAGGUUCAUGUGCAAGAACAGGAGGCUAGAUAA